AUGGGGUCCAUUAGUAUGAUCUCGAGGAUUGACCAUAUCACAAUUCUACUCUCGGAAGAAGAAUUCAAGAGCCCACCUUCAUGGCUCAGUGAUAACUUCACCAUAAUUGAGGGCGGAAAGCACACCGGCAUGUACAGCGCAAAAUUUUCAAAGAUUGAUUCUAAUUCUUCAAUUUCAGGUCAAGCGAGCCAACUGAAACUCAUUGUGUUCGCCGAUGGCACAUAUCUGGAGCUCUUCAACUGGUGGGCACAGCCACCGGAAGGUCACACCUGGGGAACUAAAAGUCCCGGUCUGAUUGAUUGGAGCAUUUCUUCUAUGUCAACACAAACCCCGGCCGAGCAUUUUCAGGGGGUUAGCCAGCGCUUGAAUAAAGACACCGGCGGAGACGGUAACCUCGGCGUGUCAUUCCCUGAGCCAACAGGACAGGGUAGGACAACACCAGAGGGAUUGAAACUUCACUGGAAAAGAGCCAACCCGGAUUUUCAUAAUGCAUCGGAAACUCCGGACGAGAAAUUCUUCCCGACGGGCCGCUUGGACUCUCCUUUCGUGUGCUACGAUGGGUCUCCUAGGUUGACGAGGCUGAAGUUUGACGAUCCGGCUAGAGUCACGCAUCCAUGUGGUGCAACUGGAGUUGAUCAGGUCGAGGUGGUUGUGCCAUCUUCCCAUGUGAAAAACUAUUUGAGGUUGCUCUCUAGCAUAAUUGGCUCGCCGCCGAGCACAGCUGUGGGCCAGCCAGGCUACAUGUUCAGUCUCGGCUUGCCAGUCGAGAACAAAGGUGAAUGCAGCAUUUGGCUGCAUGGGGAAAGGGAUGGGAAAGAUGAGCGGUGGUUAAGUACCAGGGGAAUUGGUCCACUUAUGCUUAGGUUGCGGGUCAAAGGCCGAGAGGGACACGGGGAGGAGCUUCUUGGGAAGGACGGCUCAGCAACACACGUCUCGCUUGUGUGGUAA